GGAGUCCCGCGAGAAAUGGGCGGAGCGGCGGCGCGCGAUUGGCGUUGCUCGGCGGCACCACCUCUAGCCGCCCCCUGCGGGGCCCCGGCGGAGGCCGCAGUCCGCGAGGACCGAUCGGACGCGAUGGUCGCGCGCAACUUCUGUGGCCAGGAACUGCCACCGUACGUGCGCCUUCUGCAGGAUGACCUGCUCGCCCUCGAGGACACGAUGAAGCAACCCCAGCAGCAGGUCUACUACGACCUCAACGUCAUGCAGGAAAGUUCUUGUUCAAACUCGAUGUACCUGGGGGCGGAAAUCGGAGCCACACACCAUUCUGUAGGUGGCGUCGCCGCGUCACAGCACCUGACCGCCGCCCCCAACCUGAUGCCCAUGGAACCGCAGCAGGCAGACACGGUAACGUCCAGUCAACGCCACCCGCACCACCACAACCACCACUCGGCCAUGACCCCGUCCAGAAAACGAAAAGCCUCCUUCACGGAUGCGAGCGAUGCGGACGAUGAUUUGCUGGGUGACGAGGCCGGGGGCAAAAUGCCGCGCAGUGCCGAGGACAGCUGCAAGAAACAAAACCACAGUGAAAUCGAGAAGAGACGGCGCGACAAAAUGAACACGUACAUCACAGAACUGUCCAAAAUGGUGCCCAUGUGUCACGCCAUGUCCAGAAAGCUAGACAAGCUGACCGUCCUGCGGAUGGCCGUGCAGCACCUUAAGACCAUCCGCGGCGCCGUCCACUCGUACACCGAGGGACACUACAAACCGGCUUUCCUCACCGACGAGGAACUCAAGCACCUCAUCCUCCAGGCCGCCGAAGGUUUUCUAUUUGUUGUGGGCUGCGACCGAGGACGAAUUUUGUACGUGUCAGAAUCAGUAUCGCAGGUGCUAAACUACUCUCAGGGUGACCUGCUGGGUCAGAGCUGGUUUGACAUUUUGCACCCAAAGGACGUGGCCAAGGUCAAGGAGCAACUGUCCAGCUCCGACCUCAGCCCGCGAGAGAGACUGAUUGAUGCCAAAACUAUGCUACCUGUGAAGACGGACAUGCCGCAGGGGGUGUCCAGACUGUGUCCAGGCGCCCGACGGUCCUUUUUCUGUCGGAUGAAGUGCAAGGCCAGCAGCCAAGUCAAGGAGGAAGUGGACACGACGUCCAACGGCAACUCUAAUCCGGCCUGCCACAGAAGAAAAAAGUCGCAGAAUUCAGAUCGGCGCUACAGCGUGAUCCAAUGCACGGGAUACCUGAAAUCGUGGGCGCCGGCCAAGAUGGGUCUUGAGGAGCCGGACAGCGAGGACGGCGAGUCAGCGAGCCACCUGUCGUGCCUGGUGGCCGUCGGCCGCAUCCAGCCGCCUCCGCCGUCCGUCGGCCACCACCCGAAUCCGUCGCAGGCGCCGCCCAACCUGCGCAGCAUCGAGUUUGUGUCGCGACACGCGCUCGAUGGCAAGUUCCUCUUCGUCGACCAAAGGGCCACCCUGGUGCUGGGCUUCCUGCCGCAGGAGCUGCUCGGCACCAGCAUGUACGAGUACUACUGUCCCGACGACGUGUCCCACCUCGCUGAGGCGCACAAGGCCGCCCUCCAGUCGACCGACCGCGUCACCACGCAAGGUUACAGGUUCCGUAGUAAGGAUGGAUCUUACGUUCGCAUGCAGAGUGAGUGGCGGGCCUUUAGCAAUCCGUGGACCAGAGACGUUGAGUACCUGGUGGCCAAGAACUGUCUGCUGCGGAUUACAAACGGUCAGCAACCAGAGCAGCAGCAACUUACGCCACUCGUUCCUGCUAAUCUGGACAACUUUUUCUGCGAUAACAUAGGAAAAAGAAAAAAAAUUUUUGUAGCGAACGGAAGUCCAGGCGGUCGGGAAAUCACACGCGUCAUAAGUUCGCACGUGGAAGCAAGUAAAAUUGGCCGGCAAAUUGCAGAGGAGGCGCUGGACACUCGACGCAGAACGGUGCCUUCAGAAUCGCCCUCCAUCAGCAACUCGCCGUCAUCGCCUGGAUUUGAACUUGGCCAAAGCUCACUACAGUUGAUUGGCAACGGUGGUGAAAGUUACCAACGGAACAAUGCCCUGACGCGGCAGAGCAGUCACUCGGUGACGCUGUGCAACGAGGAGAAGGACGAAGAGGAGCUUCUGCUCCGCGACAUGAUGGCGCCCUCAGCCACCGUUGUGGUUCCCCAAGCGUCACCACCCAACGGCCAGUCGCCCUCGGCCAACUCAACCACAACGGCCACCCCUCCGCAGCACCACAGCAAUGCGUCCAACGACGGAAACGACGAGGCGGCCAUGGCUGUCAUCAUGUCGCUGCUGGAGGCCGACGCCGGACUCGGCGGACCCGUCGACUUCUCCGGCCUUCCGUGGCCACUUCCAUGAGAGACGAUUACAAAAAGUGAACAGCUAAAUUAAUGAUCAAAAAUAUUUUGUGUUUAGAGACAGAUUGGCAUUGUGAUAAUUGCUUGAUUUUUUUCACUCGCAUGAUGAUGUUUAUUUUGGUAAAUUUAAAUACUUUACAACACAAUAUAAAUAUAAUAAAUUUAUAAAUAUGUCUGAUCUCAUAGGCAGUUCAAUAUGUAUGUAUGGAAAUCCAAAUUGUAAGUGCGUGGCUUCAAAGCCUCAACUGGAUAGCACAAAAAAGGCCACACAGAAUUAUAUUAAUUUGAAACUUGCUGUUAUUAUGUAAAUCUGUGCAAAUAAAAUCUGGUUGCCAGAAACUCUUAAACUUAGCAUUAGCAUAUUCAUUUAUUUAUGUUUGAGAGGAAAAGAAAUCUUUAAAUCAAUUCAUCUCCAUUUUCUCUGGUUUUCUCUGCAGUUGGAUUACUGGGAUUAGGCGGAGAACUCCUGCUGCGGGUUACUGAGACCACUGAGCAGACAGCAUAUUGUCGGAACCAUAGGUGAUCUUUAGUUAGUCCUUCUGGAAGAAAUGACCGUAAAUUAUUAGAUUUUUUGAAAUUUUUUUAAAUCAGGCAAUACAUAUGUGAAAAUGCUUUUCGAAGCGAGUACGAAGACUGAUUUUUUCGAUAAUUGUUGUAUUAUCGGCACGCAG